UGUUGUUCUGUUCAAUUAAAUAGUUUUGAGGCUUAUGAUUGAAGACCAGCAGUAGCAGGAUAUGAGAGGUCUUACAAAUGUAGGAAUUCUUAUAUGGGUCUUUCUAAGUCAAGGUCAAUACUAGAAAAUCAGAGGUUUUCUGGGUUGAAAUAGGAGGAGGAGAGAAGAGAAGAUGCCUCUUCUACAGUUUUCAUACGGCUUUGGUGGAUUGAAUGAUGAAGCAAACAAACCUUGCUUGAAUCUUGCUCUUCUGGCCCUUGCACUGGUGAGAUAGAAAUCCCGCCUGGAACAAUCAGCUCAGCUCUGUGAAGAGGCAGAGGCCGAGGUUGCUGAUCAGCUGGGUCUGAUGCACUAUAUGGAGGCUCUGAUGCUGAUCACAGCUGCCGAGUACGUCGCACCCACGUCCGACGAAAACGUCACUGUGACGGACACCGAGUUCAGCAACGUUGCCGUCCGUCUGUACCUGCCCAGAAGGGCGUCCGAUGGGCUGAGAAGGGCGGUGGUCUACUUCCACGGCGGAGGAUGGUGCGUGGGACAGGCAGGCAUGAAAUCCUAUGAUCGUCUGACAAGGUGGACUUCAAACAGGUUAAAUGCUGUCGUGGUAUCAGUCAAUUACAGGUUGGCACCUAAAUACCGUUUUCCUGUCCAGUUUGAAGAUGUGUAUUCGGUAACGAAGUUCUUCCUCCAGAGCAGCGUCCUCUCCCAGUACGGGGUGGACCCGGAUCGGGUCUGUGUUGCAGGAGACAGCGCAGGUGGCAACUUGGCUGCAGCUGUGGCACAGCAGCUGUUAAAGGACCCUGAAGUCGAAACUAAACUCAAAGCCCAAGCUUUGCUUUACCCUGCUCUCCAAACCCUUGACCUGAAUUUGCCAUCUUACCAAGAAAAUGAAAACAAGCCCAUUUUACCCAAGUCGCUUAUGAUCAAGUUCUGGAGUGAAUAUUUCACUUCUGAUUCCUCUCUCAGGGAAGCGAUGGCUUCCAACAGGCACGUCCCGGUUGAAGCGAGCCACUUGUUUCAGUUUGUAAACUGGAGCAAUUGGCUGCCUGAAGAGCUGAAGAAAGAUCACGUUUACUCCAGUCCUGCCUACGGAAACUCCAAGCUUGCGCAGAAGUACCCGGGGUUUCUGGAUCCGAGGGCGGCCCCGCUGCUGGCGAGCGAUGCCCAGCUACGCGGGCUGCCCCUCACCUACGUCCUCACCUGCAAGCAUGAUGUCUUACGGGAUGACGGAGUCAUGUACGUCGGGCGCCUCCGGGCAGCGGGCAUUCCCGUCACGCAUGAUCACGCCAAGGACGCCUUUCAUGGGACGAUGAUGUUUGUCUCGGGUCCAGCCGAGUUAGCCGUAGGGCACCGGCUCUUGAACAGAUACAUCGAGUGGUUAAAUGAGAAUCUGUGAGUUGAGAAUGUUGCUCUAGUAUGCCUGGCUCGCAUUCACUGGGUGCGAUCGAGGAGCGUAGGAGAACAGGAGCUAUGUGAGUUUUUGGGCAUGAUUGCCAUCUUCGUUGGGUUGCCCUGCAGUGUCUGGAUUGCAGCGUUUCUCAUCUUCUCUGGCAGGAAAAUCAGUCUGAUUCUAAUCUAAGUGUUCUUCCAGUGCUGUCGUCUGAGCUCAGAACCCCAUGAACCGCCGGGACUGCCCUGGGAUUUCUCUCCUGGCCAAGACCAGAAGGGUUGGUGAGCCCGACCCUGCCUGCACGCUGCCUGGGCUCGCCCAAGCCCCUGGCUGGCGCAGCAUGUGGGACUUGAUGUCUUGCGUCGGGCUGCUUCUUCUUUCUUCCUGUCACAAUGUCUUCGUAUCGCAGGCUUGUGCAAACGGGCAAGGUCACUGUUUGCACGCGGGAGGUGCUCGGUGGCCACUUGCUCCCUGUCCCCUUCGGCGUGCCCCCUUGUCCCGUGGGAUGCGCCGGCGAGUCCCCGCAGCUGCCGCUGUUGGGCGAUGGGGUGAGCGGAGGCGCAGGGACCCGACUUCGUGAAGCACAAGGCAGCUCGUGAAACCCUGCCCGUCGCACGUGGCGGCUGGGUUUGUGCCAUUGUCUUUCUCCGGCACAGCUCAAGGGAAGCACUUGAAAGCUGAGUGGGAUGGCUGUAACAGUGCACAUGUUUGGUUUCUUGGUUUUUGUUUGUUUUUCUUAAAAAGCAUCCGUCUUGCUGGGUAAUCGCUUUCUUUAAUCCCUGAACUAGAAAGAAAUAAUGUAACAAAAGAGCACUGGAUAUUCAUCAGAUAAAGGCAGACUGUGAAGGUCCUAGCCUUACGAUAGCACUGCUGUAUAUUUUAUGCUGUACUUAUUUGAUAAGUUAUGUAUUAUGUGUUCUAAUUAUCCUUAAAAUUGUUUAGCAGUUUUUACAUACGAACUUUUAAAAAUAAAAUUAGCUUAGUAGCUUUUUAGGCUUGAAAAAGAAACACAAUUCAGCUGUCAGUCUUACACAAAACAUUUAUAUGGAGGAUAUUUGUUCAUUAAAUAUAAAGCCUAAAAAUUUUGAAUGAUGAAUGCACACAUUGGUUGGCUAUUGGUUUUAAACUGAUCACAACAUGCCACAAAUGUACUUCUAGGAUCCUGCUUUUUUCUUUUGCGUGAAAGAUACUGAAUCUUCAAUAAUUCUGUUGUUUUCCUGAGUGUGUGUGCAGCCUGUUUAGAUGGGAUGUAUGUGGAAUGAUUGCUCUUUUUCAUCUUUAUUAUGUUGAAUAUAAAAAUUAAACUUGUCUUUGG